GCGAUGGAGCGGGCGGCGGGCGAGGGCCGGCCCCUGCUGCCGGCGGCGGGGGGCUCCGCCGGGCUCUCCUCGCCCGAGCUCUCCUCCGCCGGCGCCGUCUUCAUCCUGCUCAAGUCUGCGCUGGGCGCGGGGCUGCUGAGCUUCCCCUGGGCCUUCGGCAGGGCCGGCGGGGCCGUCCCCGCCCUCCUGGUGGAGCUGGGCUCGCUGGUGUUCCUGGUGAGCGGGCUGGCGGUGCUGGGCUAUGCCGCAGCCCUCAGUGCCCAGCCCACCUACCAGGGCGUGGUCCGGGCCGUGUGCGGGGCGGCUGUGGGGAAGCUCUGUGAGGUCUGCUUCCUCCUCAACCUCUUCAUGAUCUCCGUGGCCCUCCUCAGGGUGGUGGGCGACCAGCUGGAGAAACUGUGUGACUCCCUGUACCUCAAUGGGACACUGAGUGGGGCCCCCCAGCUGCCCCCCUGGUAUGUGGACCAGCGCUUCACCCUCUCAGCUCUGUGUGUCCUCGUCAUCUUCCCGCUCUCCGUCCCCAGGGAGAUCGGCUUCCAGAAGUACUCCAGCAUCCUGGGCACACUGGCUGCCUGCUACCUCACCCUGGUCAUCAUCCUGAAAUACUACCUGCAGGCAGAGAGCCUGAGUUUGAAUGAGCCCCUCCAGCCCUCCAGGUCCUCCUCCUGGACCUCCAUCUUCAGCGUCAUUCCCACCAUCUGCUUUGGCUUCCAGUGCCACGAGGCCUGUGUGGCCAUCUACAGCAGCAUGCGCAACCAGAGCUUCUCCCACUGGGUCGCCGUCUCUGUGCUCUCCAUGCUCAUUUGCCUGCUCAUUUACUCCCUCACUGGUAACCCCAAUACCAAACCCUUCACCUCCUCUUUGCCCCAGAGGUCCCCUCUCCCUUGGCUCAUCCAUCCUCCUCGGGGUUCCUCCGUCCUGCUCGCUGCAUGGCCGCCCACCCCUGCCUCCCUGUCAGCAGGGCUCUAUGGCUACCUGACCUUCGGUGAGGCCGUGGCGUCUGAUGUCCUGAUGUCCUACCCGGGGAAUGACCCGGUUGUCAUCAUCGCCCGCCUGCUCUUCGGUGUCUCCGUUGUCACCAUUUACCCCAUUGUGGUGCUGCUGGGCAGGUCUGUGGUGAAGGACCUGUGGGCAACCCCGAAGCGCAGGGCCGUGGCAGUGUCUGAGGCACAUGAGCGGUGCAGCCGCGUGGCACUGACGGUCACCUGGAUGGCUGCCACGCUCGGCAUCGCCCUGUUCGUCCCCGACAUCGGCAAAGUCAUUGAACUCAUCGGGGGCAUCAGUGCCUUCUUCAUCUUCAUCUUCCCAGGGCUGUGCCUCGUGUGCAUGACUGGGACCCGCAGCCUUGGGCCACGCAAAAGGGCUGCUCUCAUCGCCUGGGGGGUGCUCUCCGUUCUCGGCGGUGCCUUCGUCUGUGGGCAGAGUGCUGCCCUGGCCGUGCUGGGGCUGCUGCGCUGAGGGACCACAGAGCCCCAUCGUGACUCCCACCACAGCCCCCCCACCGCCCUGCCCCGCACAGGUGCCCCGAACCCAGCCACACCACUGGAUCCCAUGGCGGUUUUAUUUGGCAUCACUGUCCCCGUUGUACAGUGGCUAAUAAAGACAGAGAGGGUAUGGACAA